AUGGGUGUAUGGGUGUAUGGUUGGGAUGUGGCGAGCUGUGCGGAUAAAGCAUGGUGUGGUGACCUAAGUGCAAGCAACGUGACUGGCAAUUUCCCAAGGCUCAAGGGUCCCUUCUCCUUUGACAUUGCGGCUGUCAUCUUCCUCAAGACCCUGAAUCUAGCGGGAAACAAACUCCAUGGCCCAUUUCCCAGCGAGCUGGCUCUCUCGCCCAGCCUGGCAUCUCUCAACGUGGCCAACAACAGCCUCACAGGGCGUCUGUCUGAAGAUCUCUGCAACAUCAACCUCACCUGCGUCAACGUGAUGGGCAACCCUCUCCGUGGGCCCAUCCCCUCGUGCUGGAGGAACUUCACAUGCCUUGACUUUGCCAACACCAGCCUCCUAGUCGUUCCCAACGAAACAUGCCGUGAUGUCCCCUACCACAGCUGCAACCCGCCUCUGGAGGUGGCUGUGGCCCCCCCGUCCGCCUCAUCCUCCUCAGUCAACGUCGUUGCCAUCAUCUGUGGCGUCGUGGGGGGUGCGGCCUUCAUUGCGCUGCUGGUUGCGGGAAUAAUGCUGGUGAUGAAGCACAUUGAGAGGAAGCGCAGGGAGGAGGAGGAGAGGCGCCUGGAGCAGGAUUUGGAGACCCAGAUCUCAUCUCGCCACUUUGGAACUCUGCGGCGCUUCUCAGCAGAGGAGCUGAAGAAGGCAACCAACGAGUUUGACGAGGACUACAUGCUGGGCGAGGGCGGGUUCAGCAAGGUGUAUAAGGGCAAGCUGGAGGAUGGGAAGUUCGUGGCUAUCAAACGGAUCAAGGAUGAGAAGCGGGCGGGUGACGAGCUGCAGUUCCUGUCGCAGGUGGAGAUGAUCAGCCGGGCCGCAAUCUCAUCAGAGCGGAGGGCUUCUGAUGAGAAGCGGGCGGGUGGCGAGCUGCAGUUUCUGUCGGAGUUCCUAUCGGAGGUGGAGAUGAUCAGCCGGGCAGUGCACCGCAACCUCAUCCGAGCGGAGGGCGUUCGAGUGACCUUGCUCUCUUUCAACCUUGUUGUUGGUCUUCGCCUUCCCAACCUCUGCUGCUUUCUGCAGGACGAGAAGCGCGCGGGUGGCGAGCUGCAGUUCCUGUCCGAGGAUGAGAAGCGCGCGGGUGGCGAGCUGCAGUUGAUCAGCCGGGCCGUGCACCGCACCCUCAUCCGAGCGGAGGGCUUUCGACUGAGCAACCCCUUCCUCUCCUUGCCGUAUACUCUGUUCCGACCUUCCUCUCUUUGCUGCUCUAUGCUCUCCCCACAGGAUGAGAAGCGCGCGGGUGGCGAGCUGCAGUUCCUAUCCGAGGUGGAGAUGAUCAGCCGGGCCGUGCACCGCAACCUCAUCCGAGCAGAGGGCUUCUGUGUGGAGCGGGGCGAGUGCAUGCUCGUGCUGCCCUUCUGCUCCAAUGGCUCUGUUGCCUCGCGCACUCAAGGUCGGUUGGGUUGGGUUCAGAGCGGUGCAGCUGGGUGGGAGGUGCAUUCGUGCAGAGAGGGGUUUCUGUGUGGAGCGGGGCGAAUGCAUGCUCGUGCUGCCCUUCUGCUCCAACAAAUCUGUUGCGUCGCGCACCCAGGCAUCCCUACUUGUUCUCCUGUGCUUGCUCUGUCCCCGCCAGGCAAGGAGGGCAACCCCAUGGACUGGCCCACGCGCAUGAAGGUGGCCCGAGGAGCAGCGGAGGGAAUAGGCUAUCUGCACACGGAUUGCAAGCCGAAGCUUGUGCACCGCGACAUCAAGGCCGCCAAUGUGCUGCUGGACGAGAAUGACGAGGCGGUGAUUGCUGACUUUGGGCUCGCCAAGGAGAUGGACGUGAAUGAAACGCAUGCCACCACUGCAGUCAAGGGCACCAUCGGCCACAUCGCCCCUGAGUACUUUGUGAGCGGGCAGUGCUCGGAGAAGACGGACGUGUAUGCCUUUGGGGUCUUCCUGCUCGAGCUCGUGUCGGGCAAGGACGUGUAUGGCCUCACCGUUGUUCCCGAGGCUGAGGAGAUCCUGCUCAGGGACUGGGUGUCGCGGCUGCUGGUGGAGGGGAAGGCGGAUGUGCUUGUUGAUCCAGAGGUGAAGAAGGCCGAGGGAGCAGUGGACAUGGGGCAGGUGGAGAAGAUGCUGCAGGUGGCGCUGCUGUGCCUCAAGAAUGACCCGGCUGAGCGCCCCACCAUGGAGGAUGUGGCUAAGAUGGUGGCGGGGAGUGAGCUCACGGAGAAGUGGCAGCAGUGGCAGGUGAGGGGUGUGGGGAUUGGGAGCGACGAUUCGGCUGAUCGAGCCACGUUGGAGGAUGAGGUGGUUAAGAUGGUGGCGGGGAGUGAGCUGACAGAGAAGUGGAAGCAGUGGCAGAUACGUGGACAUAGUAACUCGCAUCUCAUAGGAUUCAUCCUGUUCCUAAACCUGACCAUCUACACAGCUCAAAAAUUCCCCAAGCAUAUGGAACUUCCGGAUUUCCGUCCCAUCAGGGACGCGCUUACCUCCAUGGAGUUUCCGAAUAUCCAUGCCAUGUACAACUCCCUCCCACACGUCGAGCUCUCUGGAAUUUCAGGAAUCUCGACGUCCAUUUACGAGGCCAUGCCGCACGUUCCUAACAUGCACGAGAUGCAGAGCAUGCUGUCAGCAGUCAUGAAGUCGAAGCUUCCAGACCUGGACACGACGAAGCUUCAGGCGAUGCUUCCUCACUUAGAGCUCCCGAAGCUGCAGCAGGUUCAGGCUGCUCUUCUGUGGUACUACGGCUACGGCCCGUCGUUUGUGCUAAGCUCAGUGAAGACUGAGCGCAAGAUUGCCAUGUGGCCGUUCUUCGUCUUCCUAACCGGCGCCAUGAUCUGCCUGCUUUCCAGCAGCACCUGCCACCUCCUGGGCUGCCAUUCCAAGAAGGUAUCUCAGAUCAUCUGGCGGUUCGACUACGCCGGAAUUGCCAUCCUCAUCUGCGCAUCCUUCUACCCGCCAGUCUACUACGGCUUCCUCUGCCAACCAUACACCCGGCUCAUCUACCUCGUCCUAAUCACCCUCGGUGGUUUGGGAACUGUAGCUGUCUCUCUUCUUUCUGCCUUUCAACAACCUAAGUACCGAGCCUUUCGUGCAGGGCUGUUCUUCGGACUGGGAGUCUCUGGUGUGGUUCCGUUUUUCCAUGGCAUGCUGCUCUACUGGAAUGAACCGUUUUUGGUGACAACAAUACUGUACGAGCUGCUUAUGGGGGCGCUGUACGGCAUCGGAGCUCUCUUUUAUGCCACCAGGAUUCCUGAGCGAUGGCUGCCUGGGAAGUUUGACAUAGCGGGACACAGCCAUCAGAUUUUCCAUGUUCUUGUUAUUGCUGCGGCGUACACGCACUAUCAGGCUGGCUUAAGAUAUCUGCAGUGGGUGGAUGGUCGCACGUGCUGA